GCCACCACAACGUCAGCUACAUGGGUGGUGCAUUAUCAUUUUCCCCGUGUCCGGCUGCACUUGGCUCUAUUGUCUCAUAAAUAACCCCAAUCUCUCAGUGCCGAACAACCGAUCGGUGCCGAACAACCGGUCAUUCCUCGCUGACCUGAUCGCCUCGUAGAAAGGCAGCAAAAUCCACAAGCGACUAAUAAGGUCUUUUUUAAUUCAAUUGGCCGUUUCUCAAACAUGUAAGAUCGUGGCUGUGCAACGUUCUUGAUGACGCUCGCACACUGGCAGACACGGCACACACGGGAACGACAAAGAUAUAUUUGUACUCAUCCUUCAAUCCAUCACUUCCUUACGAACUGCGACACUUUUCAAAGCCUUGAGAUCCUACAGAUUGUUUUCUUCACCUCAUCCCGUUACAAGUGCUGAAGGUCCUCUUCAAUCCUCCCCAGCAGCCGCGCCAAAGUCGCUUCGGUCCAUCGCAAUGUCAACACCAACAGCAGUCCCCAGCUCAACACCGCACAUCAUUAGGAAUUUAGGAUCACUCGAAUCCUACCAAACUGCAUUAUAUGCACUAGAUUUCUACUGCGGCACCAGUAUUACAUGUCGCUAUGGCAUUCCUGACACCCUUAGGAAUGCAACCCACAGCGAGCUCAUGGAUUUCAUGGAGCUUGCGGUUGCAGACACCGUUCUUCAACAUCCCCUUCUCCAGGUCGGACUAAUUCAUGAGAGUUCAACAUGCCCCGCCUGGGUUCAACUUGACCACAUCGACCUUUCUCAACACAUCGAAUGGAAGAUUGUUGACAGUUCAGAGAGAUAUAACAAUAUCUUGAAGGGCAUUGUUGAAGAGCAGGUGGACACAAAAUUUUCCAGCCCUGCGAGCCGUCCUAGCUGGCGUGUGGUAGUCCUGAGAAACGGAGGGCACCAUGCCUUGGAUGUGAUGUUUGUCUGGCAUCAUUCUCACUCGGACGGAACUGGUGCCAAGAUCUUUCAUUCGACUCUUCUCCAAUCCCUUAACAACUUGAAAGAAGGAAGUCAUCAGCCAUUGAAGAAUCACCUACUCAAGACAACUUCCACAGCUCAAAAUCUUCCUCCUCCUCAAGACAUUGUCGCGCCGUAUUCCAUAUCUCCGAAAUUUGCUCUCUCGGUAGUCUGGAAGGAGAUUAUUCCAUUGAAACUGAGCUCACGGCUAUAUCCGCACACAUCUUGGGGUGCGAUUCGAACGACGGCAUGCAAGACACAGCUAAGGAGACUGAACAUCGACAACGCCACUCUCCAAAAAGUGUUAUCUGCUUGCCGGACGCACAACACUACCCUGACAGGACUUUUGCACGGAAUCACUUUCGUAUCUCUUGCUCCACAACUACCGGAGAAGCAAGUAGCUGCUAUGAUAGGCGAAACAGCUCUCAACUUGCGACGGCUCAUGGCACCAAACCCACCAGUGUAUCCUACGCUAGAGCCUACCAAGACAAUUGCGAAUUAUGUAGGAAUAAUGGAGCAUAAGUUUGAUAAGGCUCUGGUAUCGAGAAUCAGAGGCUUAGGUAGACAGAGUUUGAACCUUUCCGCAGACUCGGAGAUGCGUGUGGCUCUUGAGGACGAGAUUUGGAGGACGUCCACCGUUGUGCGAGGGGAAAUUCAGGACAAGUUGGACUUGGGGAUGAAGAAUGACAUACUCGGCCUGAUGAAUCGGGUGAAGGACUGGAAAGCGUAUGUCAUGGGAGAUCAAGUGAAAAAGCCACGAGGUUCUUCCUGGGCUAUAACAAACCUGGGCGUGAUCGACGGGGGUAAUUCUGCUACAAAGAUUAAAGGUGAGACGACAGAGGGCUGGUCGAUCCAAAGAGCAGAAUUCGCUCUUAGCGCCAGUGUCACGGCGGCACUUUUUACCCUCUCCCCUAUUGCUGCGAAAGGCGGCGAUUUGUGUAUCGAUGUCACUUGGCAAGAUUCUGUUAUUGAUGAUGGUGUUGGAGAUAGACUGGUCGCUGAUUUAGAGGCUUGGUUGGGACAUAUUGGGUCUUAGUUGUUGCGGGGGUAGUCGAGAGGAGUGCGGAGCUAAGCAAACAGGUAGCAUAGAUUUUCUGCGGACCAUUUCUUGAAGAGAUGAGGUGCCUACAUAAGGAGUCGCUCCAAAGGUGUAUUCAGCAUUGUCCGGUCGAAUAUCCAACGGUAGAUCAUU